AUGCCUCGCUCUUUCCUGGUGAAGAAAGUCAAAUUGGACGAUUUUUCGUCUUCGGAGCUGGAGCGCUCAUAUGGUUACAGUAGAAGAGAAGCACUCCGUCUGCGGUUCCAUCAUCAUGACAAAGGCUAUGUCAGCGAUUAUCUAAGUACAUCUCCUUAUGAUGAUGUGGUGGAAAAUGACUCAUCUGUCAUCUCCAAAGUACCCUCCCCUGACCACCCGUCAAUCAUCUACGGCCGCAUCGACAACACCUAUGCUGGUGAUAUCCACGGCGAUUCGGACCAGCCGGACAGCCCGCGGUCUGAGGUGUCGUCCUCGGCCGAGGGAUACAUCAACGGGGACGCAGCCGUGAGCGAUGGAUACACAGUGGACGCCUUUUUCAUCAUGGAUGGACGGUCGCGGAGGAAAUCCACAGAGAACCCCAAAGGGACCAUUCAGAGGCACACCUGCAGCGAGUGCGGCAAAACCUACGCCACGUCCUCCAACCUGAGCCGGCACAAGCAGACGCACCGGAGCAUAGACAGCAAGAUGGCCAAGAAGUGCCCCACGUGCGGGAAGGUCUACGUCUCCAUGCCGGCCAUGGCCAUGCACCUGCUGACCCACGACCUCAAGCACAAGUGCGACGUGUGCAGCAAAGCGUUCAGCCGGCCGUGGCUGCUGCAGGGCCACAUGCGCUCGCACACGGGCGAGAAGCCGUUCGGGUGCGCGCACUGUGGCAAAGCGUUCGCCGACCGGUCGAACCUGCGCGCUCACAUGCAGACGCACUCGGCCUUCAAGCACUACAAGUGUAAACGGUGUGACAAGACGUUCGCGCUCAAGAGUUACCUGAACAAGCACUACGAGUCGGCGUGCUUCAAGGGGGCGUUCUCCCCGUUGAGUUCACUGGGAGAAUGA